CAACAAGCUUGGGCCAACGCCCAGUACCUCCGAUGGCCCACCGAGCAGGCUAUUGCUCAGGCGGCUUAUCAACAGGUUAUGGCUGAGAUGGCCGCUGGACGGAUCCCAUCGGCCUCUGCUGCUGCUGGUGGUGCCGGUGGCAGCGGUGGCGGGAAUGUCUCUACGUCUGCUGCCACGCAGCAGCCAGCAAUGGACCCCGCCACAUUGAAGCAAUGGAAGGACUAUAUCAGUCAGUGUGAUAAGGCUAUAGCGGAUGCUCCUAAGGAGAAGCGGAAGGAGAUGAAAGACUAUGUUGAUAACCUCAAGAGACAGUAUGGACUUACCGAUGCGAUGCUCCAUGGUGAUAGUGAGAAGGUUGAGACCAAGGAAGCGGCAGCAGCACCAGAGGAGCCGGCCCCGGUGGAUCGUCGUCUGGCUGGUAUGAGUAAGGCUACUCCUACAGCGUCUGCCGCUGAAGAGUCGACUGAUUAA